AUGCCGAACCCAUCAGGCCGAAGGCCCUCCGGCCGGGGUCCCUCUGUCGAGUUACCCCGGCACCGAUCACGGCAUCACUCGCAGGGUUUCUUUGAGCCUUCCCUGCCGACCGCCUCCUCCGAUCAGGUCCCUACCGUGUCAGCAUCCCGUAUCGCCGCCCAGGCAGCAAUGCAGCAGACGAAAAAGCAACAGAAUGUCAUAACCCCGGUAGAGGAUGGUUCUCGUCCCAGGCGCAGUGGAAGCAGCUCACCUCCUCUGAUGCCCGCCCCAUUGCGUGUCAACCAACCGUCUCCCCAACCUCCUCCGCCGUCAGGGAACGUGGCCACGACAGCUGCGAAUGUGGUCUUCCCGCGAGCCGGUGCUACGCCGGUAGAACAACAGCCCGAGAAACAGAAGAAGAAGAAGCUCUUCUCAAAGCCAAAGCACAUCGGAAUCAGCAGUCAUAAAGAGCUGGGCAAAGACCGUGGCCUUCCCUCCCCGAGUAAGAUCAGUGGGUUAUCCCGCAUGGUUAGCGGCUCGACUACAAACUUGGCCGACCUGUCCUCGAACAACUCGUCGAUGUACAAUUUAUCCAAUGCCUCCGUGAGCACAGUUGUCCCUGCAGAUCGUCCGCCAAUUCAAGAGAAGGAAAAGGAAAAGGAAAAGGACAAAGACAAGCACAAGCAUCAUUUCCUGUCAAGGCAGAAACUGAAGUUAAAAGACCGCGUCGAAGACCACUUCAACCUCCCUCUAUCAUCGGCUUCGAGUAAUUCUCGUCCGGCAGACCCUAAUGCCCCACAGUCUUUAUACUCCUUUACGCCUGCGUCUCCGGCUCCUGGGGCGACGUUUGGCAAGUCGGUCAGUGGGUUGGAUCUCCUGCAUGGCGGUCGAGCACUGCGUGAGAAGAAGAAGGAGGAGAAGGCGCUCGCUGAGUCGGAGCAGAUGGAAUGGCUGGCCAAUAAUGCUGGGGGGGGCCACAACACCCGGUGGCUUCCCGGGUCCGUCCUCAAGGAUGCGUGGGACUUCCUCAAGGCGAAGCUGUUGGUCAUCUUCGAUGGUGAAGAUGUGCGCAUCGCCAUCGAAGAUCUCAACAAGCUGGUGCUCGUUCAUUUGCAGCGUUGUGUUCUUAAGAGGGCUCCUACUUCUAUUGUAGUGGACCUGCAAGAACUGCUAGAGACUGGAUUUGCGACCUUGAAUCACAGUUCGCUGAUUGGCCUUCCAGAUGAAAAACUGGUCCCGCACCUGGUUCAAGUGUGGCUGCUGGUGUUUGGCACGAUUCUGCCCUUUAUCCAGGCUGUGUUUCUCCCCUUGGAUCUCGAGUUCAAGGGCUGUGGAUCCUUGAUGACUAGCCGUGAAGCCGGUGAGUUCUGGGGUGCACUGCCUGUUGGUGGGACACUCGAUGUGCGAAGUCUAGUCUUGAUCGCCUUCCGUGAUUGCAUGAUCCUGAAUCGCUACGAUGCCCUCAAAGCAACCUUUUCCCGGCUCAGCCUGGACUCCAUCAACUCCGGAUUCCCAACACUCAGCGUCACGGCCAAGAGUACCGGCACUGGAGGCCGUCCUGGCACUGCAGCCUCGCUUGAUGCCGGCUUCGUUACUCCUCCGAACGGCAUUAAUGCCCUGGCCAACCACCCACGUCCAACGAGCAGUGACUCUCGCAGUCGUGCUACCUCGAACACAUCCUCCAACGCAGAUCCUCUCUUCUUCCAGUCCAUCACAUCGCCACCAACCUCCAACAAACGGCCCACCGUCAUCCACCGCGGCAACACCUCCGCCGACUCCUCCCACGUCAUCACAGAGACCGUCGGCCGCAUGCUACAAUGCAUCAGCGUCCUGGCCAGCGUGCAAACAGACGACGCUGCCCAGGAGCGGAUCGAGAUUCUUAGCAAAGCUCUCAAACAUAACUGGCUCGGCCGCGGCCGCACCGGUCGUGAUCGUCGUGGCUUUGUCGGCGCCAAGAUCCGGCCUGUGAUGGUCGGCGGACCUCCUGUUAUCGAUGAUGGAGAUUCCCUCACUACGGCUGGCAUCAGCAUUGGUGCUAGUACCAGUACUGGGGGCUCCGGGGCCGAGGUGACUCGUCCUCGUCGGAAUGGAGUUCGAAUGUUCCGGGGCCUGGUAUGA